AAUGGCUCGAUGAUGCAAUUUCUGAUGGUAAAAUUCACGAAGAAAUCUCUAAGCGAGAAUCGAUUGGUGAAGGAUCAUCUGGAAAAGUUUAUUUAGCCGAGUGCAGUUCAAUCGCCGAAAAAAUUGUACUCAAAAAUGUCAUAUCAAAGAAAAAGAUAGCUUCUACCCAAACCUCAAGCACUUCAGGAAUUUUAGGCGCAACACCGGGUAUAUUCUGGGAAAUAUCGAGCUGUCGUAUUCCUUUUGAAGGUCUUAAUCGAAUAGCCCUUAUGAAUAAAAUCAGUAAUGAAUUACGUGAAAAUCCAACCUUUAAUCCAGGAGGUUUACAGUAG